CGCUCCAGCUGCGCCACUCGUCCCGGAGCUCCGCAGCUCCUGCUCGGCGCACCGCCUCGCCUCACCGCGCCCACGAGACGCUGACGACGACGCCGGCGACGCCGACGCUACUCCGCGACGUCUGCCGAACCCACGCCACGCGGACAUGGCCUCGCGGUGCGCGCGCUGCCGUACAGCUCUGCUACAGAACUAACCCGCCGCUCGUUCCGAACAAUAACUGCGUCUGUCGGAAUUCUCUGUGACACGUAAUACAGACGUUGCGUGUUUUGCUAGGCGAUGGACUGGUAUAACGCUAGCCGAACAGAGCGCAGUGAUUGUCAACAGCGAUGAGGAGCGACCUACUUUGCGCGCUGUGCUGGUGACCGGGCCGUGUGACCGCGAGAUGGGCGUGCCUUCCUCCGUGCUACUGCACGGUUGCACGGUGUGCUUACUUGACUUAGGCAUACACUUGUGCCAUUAAUUUCUCUUGUUGCGAGCUGGAGUACACGAGCGAAAAUCUUACCAAAGAUUCUUACCAAAUGUGACGUUUUUAACAAACGUAGUGUGUGUUGUCUUUGAAGCCAUUUGAAGCUACUUGCUUCCACACUCCUUUAACUUGCUCAAUAUCAAUUAAGACACGUCAUAUCCUCCUUAAAUUGUCUCUAGCAAUGACAAGUGGUAGUAGCAUCAAAACUCUUAGCGGCUGUUACUACGCUGUAUACCACCCCUCUCUCGUGACAAUUUUCCAUGUUUGUGAUAGUCUAUUCGCAUUAAAAUUCAUACCACAAUGACACAGUAAAUACUUAUUUCCAAUAUUUACUUCGACGUUGGAGUAAUACGUUCUUCUGUCACGAGCAUUUUCAGCGACAAUAGUUACCAACUUUCUUAAUCUGAAAUAUAAAAACUGCUUUAUGUGUUAGUACUCCUCUUAAUUUCAUGGCAACUGCUUUUUUUGUCGAACACCAGGUUGGCUGUAUAAAUUACUUCUAGUGCUAAAAUGGUGAUGUGAGAGAGGUAUAGAUUUUCAUCAUCUGUGAAUUCUACAUAUUAAAAUCUGUCACUUCCCGCAGUAGUGACCAUAAGUGUCCACAGGCAAUACAAUAUAUGUUGAUACGCAGCCCUGUCGAAAAUUUAAUCCGUAAGUCAGACACAUCACUUGUUACCACAAGUGUUUAGGCACCUUGCCCAGACAAUAUAAUCAAGCUCCCGGGAAUAUCACUCUAUGCCAGCUCGGACGACGGCCGUGCACGGAUGCUGGAAGCGACCUCAAUAAGUCUGCCAAGUCCUGGUGGCACCGCCUCUUUUUUACGGUGUCCUGCAGCAGUAAGUCACAACUUUAGCCGCCGCUUCGGUAAAGUUGUUGCGUGCUCCCGGGCCGCCGUAUAAAAUUCAGCGCACGUCCGCGGAGCGAGCAUCCCUCCUGGCUGCCCCCACGCCCCUCGCCGCAACUCGCUGGCCUUUCGUGCUGCCAGCGACCGGGCUGGGUGCCCUCCUUUAACCUCCCGCUGGGAGGGCAGUUUGUGAACUACUUUAGCAACUGGUGCAGCUGAGGAAACGAACGUACAGAGCUACGAGUCUUCUCAUUCUGCCCACCUCCUUGCAAAGGGACAGUUUUAAGUGACAUUUUUCCUUUAACUUCAGUAUUACUCGCUCGCAGAUUGCGAUCCUCCUGGUCAUGUAGGACGGCGGCAGAUAUUUUGUGAAGUUCUGCUUGCACAUAUGGUAGACUCGGUUAAUGAAUAGGGGGAAAGAACUGCAAAAUUAUGUCGGUGACCUUCCGGAGAACAGACUGUUGGCUUAUAGUUCGCACCGUGGAGCCGUUCGCCGAGUGAGAUGACGUUCCCGAUGCUGGUGCUUCGAGCCCUGACGCUGCUGGUGACGGCUUCGGUCGCCAAGGCCCAUCUCAAUAUCUUCAUCAACCAGGAGGAAGUGAUGAAGCUGCUGGGCCUGUCGGCGGAGCUGUUCUACGUGCGAGAGGGCGUGGUCAACACGUACGCCAUGAACUUCGUGGUGCCCGUGCCGGCGCACAUCAGCGACCUGGUCUUCUCCUGGCAGUCGCUCGCCAAAAACCCGCUGCCGUACGUGCUGGCGAUCGACUACGACAACCACGAGGCGAUGCGGCCGCCGCAGCUGAACAUCUCGUCCCGAGGCCUCAUACCAACCAGGGUGCAGACUUUCAGGGUUCGGUUCCCGUGCACGGGAGUGGUGAGCGCGGAGAUCCAGGUGCUGCUGCAGCUCAACGUGAGCUCGCACAACCCGCUGCACAACCAGACCUGCCUCAACUUUCGGCGUAACAAGAUCUGCCUUAAAGAGGAGGCGUCGCCGCGAAACGACUCGAUCCGGCUGGACCCUGCCUCCCUGGUGACGUCUAGCGGCACCUUUUACGUGGCGGUCGGCUGCGCAUGCGCUAUGAUCGUCGUCGUCAUUGCCAUCACGUCUGUUGUCUACGUCAAGAGCAAGAAGCUGCGAACCCAGCAGUCACUGCAAAGGUGCCUUACUGGUAGUGACACUAGGAGCAAGUGUAGCUGGGGCGUGUACAAGGACACCUGCUGCCGCUUGCGCAGCACUACGUACACGAGCGCGGCGUACGGCAGCAGCCCGAACGUGUUCAUCCGGCUGGAGGCGCUGGGGCGCGCAGGCAGCGUGGCCAGCGGCAGCUACGCCACCAUCGCCAGCUUCACCAAGGUGGCACCCUCCGCCGCCGCCGCCGCCGCCGCGUCGCCGCUGCCGUCGCAGGCGCACUCGCUGUCGCAGCCGCCCUGCCCCUACGCUACCACCUUCCUGUCCGGCGCCGCCACUUCUGACGACUACCACGUCUACGCAAAGCCCGCCUCCCUCUGUCCCACGUACUACGCUUCGUCUCGCCUGUCGCAGCUGUCUCAGCACUCGCUGUACGACCCGCGGCUGACGGACCCCACGAGCCGGCUGCGCGCCGUCGCUGUGGAGCGGUCGUCCAUAACGGUGCACGAGCUGCUGCACGAGGGCACCUUCGGCCGCGUCUACCGGGGCGUCUUCCGCAACCAGCAGGUCACCGUCAAGACCGUCUCCGACCAGGCGUCGCGGCUGCAGGUGUCUCUGCUGCUGGCAGAGGGUUCGAUGCUGCACGGGCUGAGCCACCAGAACCUGCUGCCGCUGCUCGCAGCCAGCGUGGAGGCGCGCCUGCCGCCGCUGCUCGUCUACCCGCACUGCGCCAAGGGCAACCUCAAAAAGUUCCUGCAGAGCUGCCGCACGCGGACGGAGGACCAGUGCACGCUGCUGACGCAGGACAUCGUGGACAUCGCUAUCCAGCUGGCGCUCGCCGUCAUCUUCCUGCACAGCCAGAGGGUCUGCCACAAGGACAUCGCCACCAGGAACUGCGUACUGGACGAGAAGCUGCGCGUGCGCCUCACGGACAACGCGCUGUCGCGGGACCUGUUCCCCACGGACUACUACUGCCUCGGAGACAACGAGAACCGUCCUAUCAAGUGGCUCGCAAUUGAGAGUCUCGUGCACAAGCAGUUCAGCGCCGCCUCCGACGUGUGGGCGUACGGCGUGCUUCUGUGGGAGCUGACGACGCUGGGCCAGCAGCCGUACGUGGAGGUGGACCCCUUCGAGAUGAGCGCCUACCUGCGGGACGGCUACCGCCUGUCGCAGCCGCUCAACUGUCCGGACGAGCUGUUCACUUUGAUGGCGUGGUGCUGGCUGUCGAAACCGGAGGACCGCGUCACGUUCAGCCAGAUGCUCUCUUGUUUGCAAGAGCUGUACACGGCGCUAGGGCAGUACAUCUAAGAAGACGCCGACCGGCAGAGCUAUUUUUGUAAUGAGUGCAGCGCCACGUGAUUUGACCGUACAGACGGCAGAGGCGCUCGCGACAUCACUAAGUCGGCGUUUCAUGUAAUGAAUAAAAUGUACUGAAGCCUGGAAAUAUUUCACUUGUACACAUCUAAUUAAAUUUGCCGUAAGGAGAUAUUUUGUAUAGGCAGCCGUUAGUCAGAUAAUGUGAUGUUUGUGAUAUUUCGAACUAUUUUGUAUUUUUGUAGAUUUUGUUAUGAUAAUGACUAUUUAAAAAAAACGGAAAAAUAUUGAGAAUGUUAGGCGAUAGCCAACACACUAGACUGGAUGUUCUACGUAAAUGGUUUAACGAAAUGGGAGACACGUAUCUAGCAGGAUGACUUGUUCCAUGGACUGCCUGAGAGAAAUAUAUGGCAGACAAAAGGCUUUUUUUAUGAAAAUAUAUUUAUUCAAACAAUUUCAUUGUGUUCAUAUCAAUGUGGUCUUUUGAUUUUGUGCUGCAGCACCCUUUCGAAAUGUGAACAUGUUUCUCAUAAUUACUGAAUGUGCUACUCCUUUAGAAACGGAAAGAGUCGUAAUGGAAAAUUAUGCAUUUGAGAUCAAUUAAGGUCCUAGGCUAAGAACUGACUCAAUAUUUAAAGAUGUGCCAUAUAUUUUUGGGUGUAAUUUUAAGUGAACUGUUAGAAUUCGUUACGACUGUGUAAUGAAAAAUAAUUAUGUUAUGGAACAGAAAGGGCCUAAUUUUGUGCAAUAGUUUAGUUUUAUUCCCGUAAGGAGAGUCAAUGGUAUAGUUAAUAUUUAAAGAGAAAUUUAUUCAAAUAUAUUUAUUUCAACACAGCAUGAAGUGAUAUUUCACAACACUGACAGACAACACUGUAACAAGGUUUUUCGUUUAUUUCCCUCGAUGUGUCGCAAGCAUGCCUGAGCUGGUCAUUUACUUGAAGCAACGUAUCAUUUUCACUGAAGAAAUAACUUGAAAUUAGUCUUCACAUAAUGGAACAAGCUCUUCAUCUCUCACUGUCUUUGUGUUUCGGUUUAUUACUCACUCGAAUUUUUCUGUCAACCACUUUGAUCUUUCAAUACCUAGUAUUUCUGUGGUUUGCAUAAUAUACCUGUACUAGUGGCUCAAAUUUCAUCCUUGGCGUAGGAAAGACUACAGAAUUCUUUUCAUACAAUAUUCAUUACUGCUACCUUCAGAGUUGAAGGAUUUAAUGCCUCUCCUUCUCCAGCAGUACCACCUAUGUCUCUUUCGUUUUAUAACUAUUAAGCAUCCCUCCUACAAGUACUUGCAGUUUGUUUAAGGAAUAACAGGGUUGUUGGUUGGAAUGUAUCAUAAAAUGUAAUGUAAUUACUGUAAACGUUUGUUAAUCAUUAAUGCGGAAUAUUAAACAUAUAAUUCAGAAGUUUAUUGUAAUGUUCGGAGUUUUUAUUGCAUGAUAUCGAAAAAUUUGUGUCUGAUUGUUAAUGUAACUACAGCUAGACUUAUUUGGUGUUAUUAAAUCUGUGCGUGAAGUAUAAUGCAAAACAUAUGGACUUAGUUGUUCAAAGCGAAAUGGUAUCACAUACUGAAAGUUCAUUCUCGUUUGCAGUUGCAAGUCAGCACCAAAGACCCUCUAUAUAAAGUAACCUCAACAACACCCUAAGCACUGCAGGAAUGCACCUCUUCUCAAUUAAUGUGGAAUAUAUCGAUUUCUAUCUGUCUGUCUAGAGGCUAUUUCGCUUUUAAUUAGCCUAUAUACACAUAUACUUUGGAACUAUAAUAUUCUGAUUGGUGUUCUUGUAACCGUCGUUGUAUUCUUAUCACCCAUUGAUGUUUAUUGAGAUUUGUUUAUUGUUUUACAAAUUAUAUUCUGUAUGUAUGUGGACUCUCGCUGCAUGUGACUACCUCUGUUGUAAUAUUGGUAGAAUAAUUUAGUUUGUAUGUACAUCAUUGUUCAGUUCAAGAAAUCAUGUACAAUACAAUUUGUAAUAUGUUAUUAUAGACGUUUUACAUUAUGCUAGCUUGUUCAGAUCAGUUUUGUCAUUCAAGCAUUAUCCUGUAUUUCUUUGUUGUAUAAUUUAUUUAUCGUUGUUCUGAACGCUAAUUGUUUCUUGUUGCAAAAUUAUGAGUUUAUUUAAAUUAAAAUUAAUAAACUGAAAAUUUUUAUUCA